AUGUCUGAGAAAUUCACAACGUCAGUCAUCAUCGUCGGUGCGGGGGUCUUCGGCCUCUCUACUGCACUUGCCAUCUCUGGCCGUCAUCCCGACACGCAAGUCACUGUUAUUGAUCGCCAUACACCCCCAGUGCCAGAUGGUACAAGUGUUGAUACGAGUCGUAUCCUUCGACCUGAUUACCUGGACAAAGACUAUGAGCGUUUAGCUCUCAAGGCACAGUUGAUGAUCAAGAAUGAUCCCGAGCUCAAGCCAUACUACUUGGAAAACGGUUUCACUUUUUGUGUCGAUGGCGAGCCCGGCUCUUUGAAUUCGCUGUGGGAUAACAUGCUCCACAAGCUCAAGACUGAGCACCCAGAAACGGCAUACGACCAGUGUGAUACACCACAUGAUAUAUAUCGCCAUUUGCACGGAAUGGACUCUGCAUCAGUACCAAGCGUCAACUUUUCAGGUCCACGAAAAUGGAUCAAGGGAUUCACCAGCAAGAGAUGUGCUACAGUCAAUGCUGAGGCAAUGAUCAAGGUAUACUAUAGACGCUGCGCCACGCAACCGAACAUCUAUUUCAAGAUCGGCAUGCCAGUCGAUUACCUACUAUACAGCCAAGAUAAAUCCUCAGUAGAGGGUGUCGUUCUAGAGAAUGGACGCAAGAUCAUGGCUGAGAGAGUGGUCGUUUCGGCUGGUCCAUGGUCGAGCCGCCUCGUCAACCUCAAUCAGGAAAUGCAUGCAAAUGCAGUGCAGGCUGUAUAUUUCAAGCUCACGCAGGAGGAGUACGAGCAGUACAAGGACAUCUCAUGCCAUACGAACAUCAAGACCGGCCUGAAUAUUUAUCCUCCUAUUGGCGGCCUGCUCAAGGUCGUGAGACGACAGACAGGUCUUCGCAACACUACCAUACUCAAAGACCCCGAAGAUCCCACCAAGUUCUACAAAGCAUCCUAUCCUUUGACGAAAUUAGAUGACUCCUUUCAGACGGUGUCGUUCGCGAUGCAACAGAGCAUAAGAGAUGAGUUGCGCGAGAUCUUUCCCACUCUUGUCGACAGGCCAUUCUUCAACACUAGGUUUUGCUGGCAAGAACAGACAACUAAUGGCGAGUUCCUCAUUUGUGCUCAUCCGCGCUUUGCCAACUUGCAAAUGGUGACUGGUGGAUCGUUACACGCAUGGAAGUUUCUUCCUAUACUAGGAGAGUUUGUUGUGGAUUCGAUGGAAGGGAAGCUCAGCGAGACUAUGAGACACAAGUGGUCGUGGGAGUCGAAGUCGGAAAAGAAGCCGAACGAGCUUUGCUUCAUGGAGGAGGACGCUCUUCAAGAGUUCCAACAAGUCACUGGGAGUAGACCACGUUUGUAA